AUGAGUGGUGGUGAUGAGGAUGAAGGGUCAUUGGAAUUUACACCAACAUGGGUGGUUGCUGCUGUGUGCACCGUCAUUGUUUCAAUUUCUCUUUCUCUUGAACGCCUCCUCCACUAUACUGGGAAGCAUCUGAAGAAGAAGAAACAAAAGCAUCUAUAUGAAGCCUUACAGAAAGUUAAAGAAGAGUUGAUGCUCUUGGGGUUUAUAUCCCUGCUGUUAACGGUAUUUCAAAGUCGCAUUGUCAAAUUCUGUGUGCCUCCUCGUGUUGUAACACAUUUACUUCUCUGCUCGUUAUCGUUGGAGCAUUCUUCAUUUUCAUCUUUAUCGUCAUCUCCACCUCCAUCUCCAUCUCCAUCUGCAUCUCCAUCUCAUGAAGAACCUCAUGUUAGCAAUCAGACGGUUCACUAUCAUGCUGGUCCUCACCAUCAACGGCAUUUGCUUGCAGAAGAAAUAAUGACUGCUGAGGGUUACUGCCAUCAUAAAAAUAAGGUCCCGUUGCUAUCUCUUGAGGCGUUGCAUCACCUUCACGUUUUUAUCUUUGUCCUAGCUAUUGUGCAUGUGACUUUCUCUGUUCUGACUAUUGUAUUUGGAGGAGCAAAGAUACGUCAAUGGAAGCAAUGGGAGGAUGCAAUCGUAAAAGAUGAUUAUGAAUCCGAAUAUGCUCAUCUGAAACCAGCAGUUACCCAUGUCUAUGAACAUGAUUUCAUCAGGAAUCGAUUUCAGGGUAUCGGUGGACAAUCAGCCAUCUUGGGUUGGGUGCAUUCUUUCUUCAAGCAAUUUUAUGCUUCUGUCAACGAGUCAGACUACAGAGCGCUUCGUUUGGGAUUCAUUAUGACACAUUGCAGGGGAAAUCCAAGAUUCAAUUUUCAUAGGUACAUGAUACGUGCACUGGAAGACGAUUUUAGGACAGUUGUCGGUAUCAGUUGGUAUCUCUGGAUAUUCGUAAUCCUCUUCUUGUUGCUUAACAUUAAUGGUUGGCAUACAUAUUUCUGGAUUGCUUUCAUUCCUUUUAUUCUUCUGCUUGCUGUGGGAACAAAAUUGGAGCAUGUGAUUUUACAGUUAGCUCAUGAAAUUGCUGAAAAACAUGUAGCAAUUGAAGGUGAAUUGAUUGUAACACCAUCUGAUAAUCACUUUUGGUUCGAUCGUCCUCAAAUCAUCCUCUUCUUGAUACAUUUUAUUCUCUUCCAAAAUGCCUUUGAAAUAGCAUUUUUCUUCUGGAUUUUGUUCCAAUAUGGCUUUCAUUCCUGCAUUAUGGGAAAAUAUGUGUUCGUGAUUCCUCGGCUUGUCAUAGGGGUAAUCAUUCAAGUUUUAUGCAGCUAUAGCACAUUGCCACUUUAUGCUCUAGUUACACAGAUGGGUAGUCAUUAUAAGAAGUCGAUGUUCGAUAAUCAUGUUCAAGCUUGCCUUCUGGAUUGGGCUGACAAGGUAAAAAAGAAAAAGGGACAUAAGUAUGGUAGAGAUAGCUCUACCCCUUCAACUGAGGGUUCUGUUAUUGGAUCACCAAUGUCUGUAAGUGGGCACAAAGAUCUCCCUCAAAAUGAGGUUUAGCUCACACUUAGAUCCAUGUCAUUUGGACUGUAUUUUGUAAAACUUAGGUAUGAUAAAAUAUACCAGUUGAAAAAUUCAAUGUUUUGAAUAUGUAUGUAUG